GCCAUUCGAACAGAACGGCUUAACACUGGAUCCUAAAUUGGAUCGUGAGUCGUGUGUGACAAUAAACUUAGUGGCUCUUAAAAUUAAAUAUUAUAAAAAAUGGAAUUGCAGCAACUCAAGGACGAAAAUGGGGCCACGCCUUCGCCAAAGAAAGAUCUCAUUCAAAAAGUCAUCGGAUGUUUUGGAAAAUAUCAAUUGUACUUAUGUUUAGUUGUAUUCUUAGUAAAAUUUCCGGUCGCAUUCCAUCAAAUGGCCAUCAUAUUUUUAUCGCCAAAAGUGUCAUAUAUUUGUGCAAGUACGAACAACGAAACUUGUCCUUGUUCGGAUCCUAUAUACGACACAUCAGUCUUCAAACGGACUAUAAUAAUGGAAUGGGACUUAAUAUGUGACAGAAAGUGGUUGACUAGUUUUACGCAAACAUUGUUUCAACUGGGCACGCUAUUCGGCAGCGUGUUCUUCGGAAUGGCCUCGGAUAGAUUUGGAAGGAAAAACCCUCUGCUAGUGGCCGUCGUGAUUCAAGUAACGAUGGGUAUUACUGCCGCUUAUGUCCCAGAUUAUUGGAGUUUUACAUUCGUAAGGUUCCUUGUGGGGAUGUCCGUUGGUGGCACAAUGGUGACGUCAUUUGUUAUCGUCAUGGAGUUUGUUGGAGCUCAGUACCGAGAUGUAAUCUCAGCUUUGUAUCAAGUACCUUUCAAUCUGGGUCACAUGCUUUUACCAGUUUUUGGGUACUUUUGUAGAGAUUACUCUGUUUUUCAACUUUCAAUAUCAGUCCCCGUCAUUGUUCUGUUGUCAUAUGUAAUUUUGGUACCGGAAACGCCACGAUGGUUGAUAGCAGUGAAUAGAACCGAGGAAGCCAUCACCAUUUUAGAACGUGUAGCGAAAAUAAACAAACGACCUACGGAUGCUAUCAGAACGGAUAUCGAAGCGUUUCAAGCAAGCUUAGAGAAAAACAAAUUAAAAAAAGGAACCGUACUAGACUUAUUUCGGACACCGAACUUGCGGAAAAAUAUAUUGGCUAUGUCUUUCAAUUGGUUGACAUGCAGUUAUUGUUUUUACGGAGUGUCCCAAUAUGUUGGUCAACUCAGUGGAGACGUUUUCAUCAAUGUGGCUGCAAGCGCCAGUGUCACGCUUCUUGGCACCCUGUUGUCUAUACCGUUAAUGAAAGUUAUUGGAAGAAGAACAAUCGUCAUAGUAUUUAGUUUUGUUUGCGCGUUUUGUCUCCUGGUUCUGGCUGUAAUACCACAAGGAACAGGUUCGGUAGUUUGCGCUAGCAUCGGUGUUGUUGCAAGUUUCAUUGUGUUCGUUGUUGUCUAUUUGUAUUGUACCGAGCUAUUCCCUACUGUCGUUAGAAAUGCGGCUAUCGGGGUUUCGUCUAUGAGUGCUCGUGUUGGUUCUAUGGUGGCUCCUUUUGUGAUAUCGCUUGAGGAUGUGGCUGUCUGGCUGCCACCAGUUUGUUUUGCAUUAUUACCUUUGAUAGCGGGCUGUGUUACGUUCCUAUUACCUGAAACCAAAGGCUGUGAAUUCAUGACUACCAUCGAAGAGGGUGAACAAUUUGGAAAGAAGAAAACUUCUAAAACGAAAGCGUGAAUUUGAUGACCGUUAUGAAUGUUGCUUAAUUACAUUUUGUAAAUUACUAGACAGUAGCUUUGUAACGUUAAGAUUAUUUUGUUUUAAUUCAAACAAUGCUAUAAUACAUUGUGAUAUGUUUUAUAUCUUGACGAUUUUUAAUUACAGUUGCUCAUGGUAUUGUAAUUCUUCACGUUCAAUUAAAUAAUGGUAUCUGUAAUUACAAUUGAGUUUGUUUUCAUAUAACAUCAUAAGUAACAUGUGCUUUGACCAAGAAAAUAAAUAGAAUAAUUUUUUAUCAAUCUUAAACCGAACAAGCGGCUACCGAUACCCGCAAUGUAACGGAAAUAUAACCAGGAGCUACCCACCUUUGAGAAA